AAAUAAUAAAUAAUGCUAGCCACAACUGGAAAUUCUUUGGCCGCUACAUCAGGGAUUCCUGAUAAAUCAUGGCAGCCAAACUUUGUAACUCUGGAAACUACAAUGGGUGAAAUAACCAUUGAAUUGUAUUGGAAGCAUGCACCAAACACAUGCAGAAAUUUUGCCGAAUUAUCAAGACGUGGAUAUUACAACAACGUAGUAUUCCAUCGUAUCAUUCGUGAUUUUAUGAUACAGGGUGGCGAUCCUACGGGUACCGGUCGUGGUGGUUCUUCAAUUUAUGGCGGAGAAUUUGCCGAUGAAAUUCAUCCAGAUUUGAAACACACCGGCGCCGGUAUACUUUCAAUGGCAAAUUCGGGCCCCGACACAAACGGUUCACAAUUCUUCAUUACACUGGCACCAACUCAGUGGCUCGAUGGAAAGCAUGCCAUAUUCGGUAGGGUAUAUACCGGAAUGCAAGUCGUCAAACGUAUUGGUAUGGUUGAAACUGAUAAAAAUGACCGGCCGGUAGAUAGUGUUCGUAUAAUAAAAGCAAAAGUUGAGAAGAUAUAGCUGUGCCGUAGUGAACGUGAAUUUUUAUUGUAAUUAUU